GACCUGAUUUGAUGGAAAACAUAAAUAUAAAUGCGCGCCAAAAAAAAGGGUUACCCAUAAUCCAUUGCCACGAGACAUUUAGAUCAAAACAAACAUGGCCGACGAAGGUGAGGAAGAAGAGGACUACCAGAAUGGCUACGACCGAUUUGAUGAGCUGCAGUUGUCAGACGAGGCUGAAACAGAUAGUAGUAGCUCUGACACUGCAACAGAUGGCGAUGAUUCUUCGAGGCCUAUUAGUAUUACAUACGAUCCAGCAAUUCCAACGAGACACCAGUAUCUUGGUGAAGAAAUGGAUGAGUUCAGUGGAAGAACAGUGAUAGAGCCAGGACAAGUCAUUGAAUUACCACUUAUGCCACUUCCAACUGUGGUACUAGUACCAGGACAAACCAUACCAUUACAUCUCUUCCAAUCACAGUUUGUCACAAUGAUGCAAAACGUCAUUGAUAAAGACAGAACAUUUGGCUUGGUACAGGGAAGGUCUAUGAGUGAACUUCAAGGAAAAGUUGGUACUACGGUUGAGAUAUUUUCAAGGAAAGAAGAAGUUGAAGCAGGAAUUACCACUUUAACCAUCAAAGCCAUGGGCAGGCAGAGAUUCAAAAUAUUGAGUCUCAGGACUCAAGUUGAUGGCAUUUUGCAAGCAACAGUUAAUAUUUUGCCUGAGAUUCUCCUCUCACCACAUCCUGAAAAAGCCUUGGCAUCAUGUUUUGACAARUUUGGUUGCCAAGCAACCUGCAGUGGUAGCUUAGAGAGGUAUCGACAAACGUCUGGUAAAUCACGACUGGGUUCAUCAAGAAAGAAAAAGAUUAACGCAAGCUUGAGUAGCUGGCCCGCUUGGGUUUACAAGCUCUACGAUCCAUUUCGUUUGAUGGAUGAAAUAAAGCUUGAAUUACAAAGAUGGAGCCAAACUAUCAGACUGGAGAAUGUACCAGCAGAUCCAAUAGAUUUCUCAUACUGGGUAGCUGCUAAUCUACCUUUGGAUGAUACACUAAAGAUUGAAUUGCUAAAYAUUGACUGCACAACACAAAGAUUACGAAAAGAACUGGACAUUAUGCACAAAUGCAGUGUUUUGUGUUGUAGAGACUGCAAUUCAACUAUUGCAUACAAGACAGACUUAUUCUGUAUGUCCCUAGACGGUCCAUUGGCUGCCUACGUCAAUCCACAUGGGUGGGUGCAUGAAACACUGACAUUCUAUAAAGCCACAGGAGUGAGGCUGAGAGGGCGCCCAACAGCUGAGAAUAGCUGGUUUCCAGGGUACGCAUGGACAAUAGCCGAGUGUCAACAGUGUGUUAAUCACCUCGGUUGGCGAUUCACUUCAGUAAAGAAAGGGUUGACUCCUUCAAAGUUCUGGGGAUUAACACGCGCGUCSCUUAAGCCUGGGAUGAGAGCUGAUAGCGAGGAGGAGCURCCGACUGAGCCUACAAGYCCUCCUCCUUUCUGGAGCCGAGGAAGAACGUCCUAAACACGCGAAAACGUGGCUACACCAAGGCUGCUGAAUAUCUCGCAUUUAUAACGUUUUUAUCCUCGACGCAUGAAUUUCUGAAAAAAAAUUCUAUUGUUCCCAGACCCUUCGCUGUUGUGAAGGGUCUGAAUUCCACAAUGCAGUUCGCGUCGUGAAACAGUAGUGAAUUUGCUGUAAAUUCGUUUUAUUUUAUCGCAAGUGAAAAGCAUUUCUUCUAUUUCUAUUUGUGACAAUUUGUGCAUUGUAGCGAAGGACAAAAUGAAUUUCRAAAGAAGUAAAUAUAUUUCGAUUUUAUUAGUUUAA